GUUGCGGAACUCACUGUCCCGCGGGACGAGUUUCUGGGGGACAUCGAUCGCGACCGGACUCUGUGGCGCGGCGGUUUAAUUCUCCGGCGGCUGCAGAGUGAGAGGCGGCGAUGGUCCUGAGCGGGCUCAUCAGGAAACUCGGUCAUCAGCUGGCCGAGAUCCGGGAACGCGCUCUCAGGAGUAUUCUCUGCAAGGUUGAGCACAACCUAAUUUGCUAUGCGGAUCUAAUUCAGGAAAGGUUCCUUUUCCUCCACUUGCUGGAGUGGUUCAAUUUCCCGUCCGUUCCCAUGAAAGAAGACGUUCUGAACCUGUUGAACAGCUUGGUAAAGUAUCCCCCAGCAGUCCAGCAUUUGGUUGACCUUGGUGCAGUAGAGUUCUUAUCUAAGCUUCGCCCUAAUGUGGAACCAAAUCUGCAGACAAAAAUUGAUGGCAUUCUGGAUGGACUCUUUGUUCUUCCUUCAGAAGCUGCUGGACUGUAUUCUGCCUCUUACCAGAUCAAUCAAACUGAAUUGUCACAACAACCUGAAAUCUUAACGGGAUAUUUCCCCCAAGACAAAAGUAAUUUCCAGCAGAUGGAAGUGCCUGUGCCACCAGUGGUAAGUCACACUGUGAAGUGUUUGAAGUUUUCUACGUUUCCUUGGCUACCUCUGACCACAACAGACAGGCAUGUUCUCUCCUCUAAUGAAAGCUCUUUAAGAAGUAGUAACUAUACUUUGAUCUGGAAUACCUGUGAACUCUUGAAGGAUGUUAUCAUGCAAGAUUUCCCUGCUGAGAUUUUCCUUCAGAGGCCAAAAAUUGUUCAGAACCUUUUGUCUCUGUUGAAACUGGCCUUUGGUGGAGAUGGGAAACAUCGCUUGGCAUUACAGUCUGUGUCCUGCUUGCAGCAGUUGUGCAUAUAUUUAAGAAACAGGCUUAACUUUCACCGAGACCCACAUUUUUUCUCAAACAAACAAGACAUUAUUUCCCAAAAUUCUUCCUUGUCUUAUUGUCAUGAAGCAAGAGUUACUCAUCAUUCCCCGAACCCAUCCCAUGGAAGCAGCAGCCCUCGGCCUUCUGUGGUGGGGCGCACAGGCCAGAGACCCAGAGGAGAUGGCCAAGACUGGGAUGCAGUGUCUUCCAGUGGAAGUAGUAGUCAUGCUCACAUAAACUCUAGGAUAUCUGUCCACUCACCUUUGGAUGUGGGACACAUAGAUCUUCCAGAACUAGAAACUGAAGACACAUUGGAACUACAGUUCCAGCAGCUGAGUCUUCCCCAGUUUUGCAUCUCCAUUCUGGAAUCAGCAGUUCCCCUCUUAAGAACAGGCAGUAGACAAAUGAUAAUAAGAGUUCUAGAAUUGCUUGCAGAGGAUAUGAUACUUAUUGGUGAAGCAAUUUCAGCUGAUAUCUGGGAUGACAGCAGCCUUUUUGCUAUAAAUAUGAAAGAAAAACUGCUUCUGGUGUUUGGGUCUCUUGGAGAAGCCAUGUGUUACCACAAUAGUAGCGUUGGUCUGGAGCAAACGGAGAUGCUGCUGGUGCACCAUAGGAUGGCCUUUGUCAGCAUCUCACUGUUUGCAGUUCGACUGCUGCAAACACUUCUUCCUGUUGAAAAGGCAAGUGAAUUUUUACCAGAGACGAUGUCAGCAGCAUUAUUUCUCCUUUCUUUGGACAUGCCUGUUUCUUUGGAAUAUCCCUCUAUACAUGAAGCUGUUGUGGCCUAUUUGGAACAGCUGAAUUCUGAAAACUACAGUAUUUAUAAAAGAGCUGCAGAGGCUGUUUAUUCAAUUGAAUGUACCUGUAACUUCCUGUCUGAUGUGGGGAAGGAGGGAGAGAAGAAUCUCUUAGAAUUAGUGGAGCUGGCUGACCAAGCCUUGUAUAGCUUUUCCUAUCAUCAGCAUUUCCCUCUAAUAAAGGAAGUCAUCUGCAUUUGUUCAAAGAUUUGGAAAUCUGCGCAGGCCAGUCCACUGCUGCAAGGAGAAAGUCAGAAGGUGUUCCUGCAUAUGUUGUCCCACCCGUUGCCGCAAGUGAAAGUUGAAACUUACCACUGCUGUCUGGAGAUGGUUAAGGAAUGUUUAGGUGUCCAUAAUGUCACUAAGCCUGUGUCUUCACUUUGUAAUGGAAUUCAUUUUCUGCUUCAUCCAAAAGUUCUGUAUGAAAUUUCUACUUUUGGUAUUCAAGAACCCCAAAAUGAGGUGAAUGCUGCUGCCAAGGCCAUUCUGCUGUAUCUGCUUCAGGGACGACUGAUGAUGACACCACUGACCUGGAACAAGCUUAUCGAGUCCCUCUGUCCUGUCAUUCCAGUCCUGCAGGGUUAUGCCGACCCAGAAGACUCUUUGGGUAACUGCAUUCUUCUUCUGAGCAAAGCGGGUUCUGAGGCAGGAGAAGGCAUCCUCCCUUGUACUACCCAGCUGAAGUCUAUCCUGCGACUUUUGCUAGUGAAAAAGCCAUCGGUCCGUUCACUAGCUCUAAAGCUUUUAGCAGUUCAUCUCACCAGUGAAGAAGGGGCUGAUACAAAACGCCCUUUUAUAAAUGCCAGACUUCUUUCCAGAGUUACUAAUCUAUUUAUUGUGAAGAAACCUAUUGAACUCAAACUGGAUGACAGAAAAGACUUGCUUAUUAAGGUGGACACUGUUAAAAAGGUAUAUGAAAUCUUCACCUCAGAUGAUGUUGAUGUUGUUUUGAGAAAGUCAGCUGCAGAACAGUUAACUGUGAUUCUGCAAGAUAUUAAAAUGCAUGCUGCAGUGAAAAAGUCAUGCCUAAUUGACAGGAUAAUUGAGUAUUUAAAUGAAUGUGUGAGUCAAGAUGGCAAGGUUGUAGAAUGUUUGAUUCAGCCCUGCCUCACACUCCUGAGGAAAGUUCUGUGUGCGGAUCCAAUCAUGCGUGUUUCCCUGUCACAGCAGUCUUCUCUCUUGACUCUGUUAUUCAGAGUAUCCUUGAUAUUUAAUGAAGAUUCUACUAUAGUGACAGAAGUUGGAGCAUUGUUUUGUCUUCUGUUAUUCGAUGAAGUAUCAAGAAUGGACAUGUGGUCUAUUAAUCCUACCAGUAAGCCUUCUUUGUCAUCAGUCUUCAGUUUGCCUGUUUCAAUUUUUAGAAGGUAUCAUCUACCAGUGCAUGUAAUCGGCCACCAUGCUGUGAGUCCUUACUCAAUAGUUUUGCCAUUAUCAGCUGAUUGUUUGGCUUUGAAGCCUGUGUCAGAUAUGCUGAGAAUAGCUUGGAACCUGUCAUGGUAUCAUGGGAGUGAUAAUCUGUUGAAGCAAAUAAACUCCGAAACUGAUAUUAAAGAAUUUUUAGAUACAUUGAAGUUAUCCACAAAAGACAGCCUCAUUCUGAAGAUAACCCACACGGCCAGCGGGCUGCAGGACUGCUUCUGCUCCAUUGUUCAGGCUGCAGCCCACAGGGACGUUCGGGCUGCUGUCGCUCGGAUGAGUUUUUAUCUCCUGAAUGACAAAUUGUCUUUAAAGGUUGGCAUUGGCCCAUGUGGGGUUACCUUGAAGUCCUUGGCUUGGCACACUGUGCUAAACAGGUUUUUACAAGUGCUUCCUGCUUGCACUGAAGAUGAGAAACUGCUAAUAGAUAUCAUACAUUUUUUAAAUAAGUUAAUGAAGGAACAGAGAAAAAAUCCAUCAGUAGAAUUUCUAAACUGGAUUCUAGAAUUACUUCUUAGACAUAGUCCCAACCCACUCUUAGACCUGCUGGUCCUGACAGAGACCCAGGCACGAGAAGAAACAGACGACAUCGGGACUGCUGUCAGGCAGCAGAUUCAGAAGGAACUGAUUGCAUUUUUCAAUACCUUGCUUCUCAGUUUCAUGGCAGUUACUGACAGGAAAUGCUUGGAACUUCUUUACGUUUUCCAAACACAGCUGGCUCUGAAGCUGCUCCAGUGUCUGCGAGUCACAGAUGCUCCUCAUUUCUAUGGUCUGCCUUCCCUUGAGCGGACAUUGCGAGGGAUGGCUCACCUUACUGUGUUUCAGGGGUGGAGCUCACAUUCUCCUCUCACACAGCCGCUUGACAUUUGCAUGAAGUACUUGUCAGGUCUUCUAGAGGUCAUUACUUCUUUUUAUGUGGAGCGUGGAGGAAAUGCGAUGUCCUUCAUGGGAAAAGGUGUUACAAAGAGCACGGUUCUUUGCUUGCUUCACUUGUCCCAUGAGAUGGUGGCCCAAGCUCGGAGCUCGGAGUGGAUCUCACUUUGGUUUUUACCUUUGGGUAGUCUCAGUGAAGAACAGGCCCCUACUCAACAAGGAUUGGCUUGGUUGAUUCCAUUAUGGGUUGAUCGAGACCCAGAGGUGAGAUUCACUUCACUGGGAUUAGGAUCAGCACUGACCACUUUUGAAGCUGGCUGUGUGGCAUUGGCAAACAGUUGUCAAAACAUUUCUGGUGGGCUCUGGGGAACUGUGGUGAAUAUUCUUCUGGACCAAUCAGAAUGUAGUAUGGUACGCCGUGAGGCUGCAUUUAUUCUUCAGAAUCUCCUUGUAAUUCCCAUGCCUAUGAAAACUAUAAAGGAUUAUACUUGGCAGGGCCCUUGUGUCCAUGAUGAGGACUCUGGUCUGUCACUCAUAGGAAAACCUGCCCUUCAGGCUCUUUUAUAUCACUGCCAUUUUUAUGAACAUUUGAAUCAGAUGGCGAAACACUGUUACCUAGGACGGUAUGUGUUUGAUUCGAACUCUUGUGCUUUUGUAACUUCAGGAGGCAGUGAUUCAGAUGGUUUGGAUGACUCAUUUAAGUUUUGGAGGGCUCCAUCAAGAACGCCCAUUCAAGAUCAUGAUCCAAGUUCUCUCUCCACCUCAGAAACAAUGGUGGCAGCCUCAGUGGGCAGUGCUGAAAUCCAGCCUCUUGUGCAAUCAACAGUGCUACUGCCUGAAGCCUCACAUGACCAGCCGAUGGCUCAAGUAAUAGGUGAGCAAGAACCUGCAUCAUCACGGCCACCUCCUCAUUCAUCCCUGGCUGCUCCACUGCCCAAACAGUGUGUUUUGGUUACCCCGUCUCUUCUUUCUGCAGUCUGCAGCCUCUUAGACAACCUCUUGGUGAUCGCUCCAAGAGACACGGCCAAUGCCUUCUGGAAAGCCCAUCUCAUAGAGCUUCUCUGUGGCAUUGUCGAUGCCACCAUUAUUGAGACAUGUGUCCAAGAACUCAGGACCCCACUGCCUUCGUCACCCCCAGUUGAACAUAUUCAGGCUCAAGUUUCCUUUUUCUUGGAAUACCUGUCCUCUUUGUCCAGGCUGCUGCAAUCCUGUUUGUUAGUGGACCCGAACCUUGUGACGCAGGAUGAUCUUCUGAAACCUCUUAUUAAUAACAUCAUUGGAGUUCUCACUGUAUGUAUCAACAAUGAAUUAGAUGCAGAUCUAAUGUCGGCGUUUUAUCGCGCGUGGGCACACUUGUUUGACCUUCUGGCUGCACUCCUGAGGAAAGCUGGCUCUGCCUCGCUCCCUUGCGUCACCGCAGCCCUGGCCAGGCGCUGGGCGGCAAUGAUUGAUUUGUUCUGUGAGUGUGUAGGCUUGUCCCUCAGAUGCCCUGCCCUGUACACGGCCAGCUUGCAGUUCCUGUCUGUUCUCUUGACUGAGGAGGCAAGAAGGCACUUCCAGGACAAAGACAAAGCAAGUUCCUUCUCUCAUCCAACCAUGGCAUCUCUUCUUGAUGAAAAUCAGGAAAACCAGAAGUCUCCAGACAGACUUAAUGAAGUAAUUCUUCAGUGCUAUGAAGGCAAGUCCUCCAAAGAUACCCUGAAAAGAGUUGCUACAAAUGCGUUGCUGUCACUUCUGGCCGUCAGCAGAAGAGCACAGAGGCAUGCUUUGAAAGCUGAUCUCAUAGACAACUGCAUGGAGCAGAUGAAGCACAUUAAUGCACAACUGAACCUUGAUUCUCUGCGGCCUGGGAAAGCUGUGCUAAAAAAAAAGGAGGAUGGUUUUAUUAAAGAGUUAAGCAUUGCCAUGCAGCUCCUAAGAAACUGUCUUUAUCAAAAUGAAGAAUGUAAAGAAGCGGCUCUUGGCGCUCAUCUGGUCCCUGUCUUGCACUCUCUCUGGCCUUGGCUUUUGAUGGAUGAUUCACUGAUGCAGACUGCCUUGCAGCUACUUUGUGUCUAUACUGCAAAUUUUCCAAAUGGUUGCAGUUCUCUUUGCUGGUCAAGUUAUGGACAAUAUCCCGUUCACGCUGCACACAAAGGAGCCUCCAGCAGCUCUCUGAUGCUAUGUAUCCUAAAGUUGGCCUCUCAGAUGCCUCUCGAGAACACCAACAUUCAGCAGAUUGUUUUUAUGUUUCUUUCAAACCUGGCCUUGUCUCAUGACUGUAAAGGGGUAAUUCAAAAGAGUAACUUCUUACAGAACUUUCUGUCGCUAACAUUGCCAAAAGGAGGAAACAAACAUCUCAGUAAUCUGACCAUUCUUUGGUUGAAGUUACUCCUGAAUAUAUCUUCUGGAGAAGAUGGGCAGCAAAUGAUCCUGAGGCUUGAUGGCUGUUUAGACCUACUGACUGAGAUGAGCAAAUACAGGCAUAGGAGCAGCCCUUACAUUCCACUUCUUAUUUUUCAUAAUAUUUGCUUCAGUCCUGCAAAUAAGCCCAAGAUUCUGGCUAAUGAAAAAGUCAUUACUGUGCUAACUGCCUGUCUGGAAAGUGAGAAUCAAAAUGCUCAGAGGAUUGCAGCAGCUGCACUUUGGGCUUUGACUUAUAAUUACCAGAAGGCAAAAACAACUUUGAAAAAUCCAUCAAUAAAAAGAAAAGUGGAUGAAGCAUAUUCCUUAGCAAAGAAAACUUUCUCAAACCCAGAAGAAAACCCUCUAAAUGCCUACCAUUUGAAAUGUCUUGAAAACCUCGUGCAGCUGCUCAGCUCUUCCUGAGUGCCAGGAGUCACUGCACCCCGAAGCUGACAACCACCCCCCAGAGAGCUGAGCCUGAGGCCGGCUCAGUGUGGCAGCUGCCACUGAAGCUGCACUGACUGCAGAGAGCCGGCGCCUCCUUGCCCCGGAGAAACAGGACUGGCGACACUGGAAGCGGGAGAAUCGGUGACCUCCUGAUUCUAGGCGUUGGUGACAGUGUUCUGGAAGCGAUAAUAGUGGACAAGAGGUGAUGGGAACAAUGUUCUGGCAACAUGAACAUUUUUAUUCUUUUCUAUGCAAAUUGCUUUGUAAAAAUCCUAUUUAACAGUUAUUUAAUGAAACAAAAUAUUUUUAGAAAUUGAAAAUGUUAUCAGUCCCAUGAAUAUUAAUUUUAACAAUUAAAAGGAGGCAUUAUGUUCUGGUUCGUUUGUUCGUUUGUUCUUUCCUUCCUUCCUUCCUUCCUUCCUCCCUCCCUCCCUUCCUUCCUUCC